GCUGUGCGCCUCUCUCCGGGAUCAGGGUGAGCGCUCAAGCGAGAAGAGAAGCAGCGGCGACCAGAAGCAGCGCAACUUGGACGGUAUACACUCUCACAGCGCCCGCUACGACUACCACUGCGACAGCCAGCCAGUGACCGGUGUUAGAAGCGCCUCCAGUCGGACUCCAUUCAGCGUAUUACAGCGGGAAAGUUUGGAGAAAUGCAGCCAGUGUACCAGCACCUGAUCAGCCUGCUGUUUGUCUUCAGCAGCCUGCAGGUCAACCAGCUGACGGAGGGCUGUUCGUGCGCUCUGACGCACCCGCAAGACGCCUACUGCAACUCCGACAUAGUGAUCCGGGCUAAAGUGGUGGGCAAGAAGCUCCUGAGAGAUGGACCUUUUGGAACGAUGCGCUACACAGUCAAGCAAAUGAAGAUGUACAAAGGAUUCGAGAAAGUUCAGCACGUGCAGCACAUUUACACAGAUGCCUCUGAGAGUUUGUGCGGCGUCAAGUUUGACAUCAACAAGUACCAGUACCUGAUCACAGGUCGAGUGUACGAUGGCAAGGUUUACACUGGGCUGUGCAACUUCAAUGAGCGGUGGGAGCAACUCUCAUUGGCCCAGAAGAAAGGCAUCAACCAUCGCUACCAGCUGGGCUGCAACUGCAGGAUUAAACCCUGCCACUACCUGCCCUGCUUUGUGACCUCAAAGAACGAGUGCCUAUGGACGGACAUGCUGUCACACUUCGGCUAUCCUGGCUACCAGUCCCGGCACUACGCCUGCAUCCAACAGAAGGAGGGCUACUGCAGCUGGUACCGAGGACUUGCCACCCGCGAUAAAACCACCAUCAACGCCACCGACCCCUGAACCCAAACGCACCCUGCCCAAAACCCACUACCACUUCCCCAACUGCAUCCUGUCCCCGAUUUCCACUUUUAGAGAAUUACAAGACUCUUAAAGCUCUGGACGGCCUCCCUUUAUAUAGGGGCAAAAAAAGAGAAAAGAGCAAAUCCAUUACAGUGCCUGUUCGUAGCACUUCUGAUAGAAAACAAUACCUUUUUUUUUUUUGUUGUACAGACCGCCCUGUAACUCUGUAAUGUAUUUUCCACUCUACAAUCAAACAUACUCCUGCACUGAGCUGUCCCUGCAAGGUUCAAUGAUGCUUAAAAGGUCAAUAAGAAGUAUUAGACUUUGAUCAGCCUUUACUUGAUCUCCAGUUUUUUUUAAUUUUUUUUUAACAAUGGCGGUAUCACAGGCCUUAAUAAGCAACAUGCAGUUAGCUUACUGCUAACCUAGAGUCAUGGAAUAUUAAGGCUAAAAAGAAAGGACUCUUAAAGCCAAACAUCUUAAAGAAACAAAUUAAAUUAAAUCAGUGAAAAAACAACACAGCCACGAUAAUACAGUCUAACUUUGAGACGCUGCAUUAUUUCUACUGAACAGCGUAUGCCAGCAGCAAUACAGAGGACAACCAAUUGUCCACCCGACGCAAGUUUAGUGCCAAUAUGUGAGGUGAGAUCUAAUCUGAUCUGAAAAUGAUACCUUUUAUUCAGAAAACCUUCUUAAAAUGGUAUUGUUUCACAGUUAAGUGUACAUUGAUUAUGGUCACAGUUUUUUUACUGUAACGUGUCUCUAUGAUGGUUGUAGCUCUGCUUUCCUGAGUGCUCAAUUUGCAGUUGAGCCACAGACACCGCCCUAUCUGUUGUGCACUGACAAAUAUCAGAGAUAAAAAUAAAAAUAAAUGAAAAUAUAAAAAAUCUGUGCAGUGCCGACGUGGGGAGGAGCUCACUUCUUGCAGCUCAUAUCUUGUUGAUAUUUUAUUUUUUGGUGUAUAUAGCAUAAGCUACAGAAAUGAACUAUCAACUCAGCUGAAACCUCUGUCGUACAUUUAUUUAUAUGUUUAUUGGAUUACUCUGUAACCAUGUGGUAUAUGUGCAGAAAAAUAUGAAAACAAAGGCCAAAAUAUAGUGGAAACCAUUGCUGCAUGUUAGACCAUCCAGAAUGAAGGACCAGUAUUUGAGGAUUAAAAAUCAUGGUACUUUUUUUUUUUUUUUUUUAAUUAUUAUUAUUUUUUAAAAUCAUAGUUCCAUCAACUGGUACUCUUCACCAAUCCAAUAAAAGUACAGUAAAAGCAGAGGUUUCAGAGAAUGACAUAUUUUGUAAGUCAAUAUUCAAUCUUUUGUAUUUAACUAUUUGAAAUGGAUAUUAUAUAUAUAUAUAAAUGAAAGUAACAAUAUUGUCACUAAAUUCAUUCUUCUUCACCUGUUCCCAUCAAGGGUUUCUCUUAUUUUUAUUUCCCUUCAUUCCAUUCCAGUAACAAACACAGACUGGCCUCAAAGGGGAGUAAUAGCCUCUUCGUCACCUAUACUAAAGGAGUACCAUAAAUAUUGUUGUUCAAAGCAAAAAUGGCAAACUAAGUAUUAAAAAAAUAAUCCAAAUUUUUCAGGAACAUGCUUAUUUGCCUUCUUAUUUAGAGUCAGAUGAGAUGUAGUUCUCAUGUCUGUUCUAAAUAUGACGUUAGCAGUCAUUUAGCUUAACUUAGAUAUGUUCCGCUAGCCUUGUAUACAAUGUGGUAAGCUAACGUAGCAUACUACAUAGUAAACUGCCAGCCUGCUUGCUAGCAUCUUUAAAGCUCACUAGUUGUCAUAGUUAUCUCAUUGUUCUUAAAAGUGUUAACAAUUGCUGAGCUGUAAUAUAACUUGUGAGCUUCUGAAGUUGUUUAAUUUUAUACCGUUGGCGAAAACUAAGCUAGCUGUUCCAGGUUAUGCUAAGCUGAUCAUCUGCUGGCUUUAGCUGGAUUUGGUCUAAAACGAAUGAAAGGUGGACAAUUCCAUUUAAAACAAAGUGUAUUUAAGACUGUCUUUAAAAGUAAUCAGCUUUAAUUCACAGAAGUCAAAACAAUCUGCAAUGAAAACAUUUAGUCGACGUUUAAUAUGUCUGCUUCAGUCAGAUUAAAUUGUAAUCAGAAAAGAGCGAUUGAUAAAUCAAAAAAUAUGUGAAUAUGUUAUGUUAUCCAUGUCAUUAAGCAACUGAAGCACUUUUAGAAAAUAUCCCUCAAUCAAUUAAAAAUGUUGCAUUUUAACUGGACUUCUAAAUAGUAUACAGUUUGUCAAAGCAUCAGUUAUCCGUCCUCAUGUGGUGACGAGGCUCUUUCUCCAACUGUGGCGAUUCUGUGUCAUUAUUUCUGUGGUUCAUGUUGUGUGUAAAUAUAUUUGUCCGCUUAACACAGAAAAACUCAGUCAAGAUUGAUCCUUAAGAAAUAUAUAUAUCCAAUCAAGGAAGCUGUGUACAGUGUGCGUGUGUGUGCAAACACUGAUUCCUGAAUUAUGUGGGUGGGGGCUGUUUCCUUGUAGGGCUUAUAGAAAUGUUUGACUUAAUUUCUGUGUUUUAUAUUUUUAUAAUAAACUUUUAUUGAAAAACUGGC